AUGGCCACAGUCCGUAUUACCGAGGGAACCAUGGAUUUCGACGUCCCAUCUGUGGGGAAGCGCUGUCAGACAUGGUACAAAAUUUAUGGCGAUCUUGCCGACCACUCCCGCACUCCCACCAUCAUCUUGCACGGUGGACCCGGCUAUCCUCACUACUAUGUUGAGCCCAUUGCGCAAACACUCGCCACUCGUUUAUCGUCUUCGGCGGUCAUCUACGACCAGCUGGGCUGCGGUAACUCCACCCACUUGCCUGACAGAAAUACCAAGGAGGAUGAGAGUUUCUGGACCAUUCAUUUAUUUAUGGAUGAACUCAAUACUUUGAUAAACCACCUUGGUAUACAGGAUGGUUACAACAUCAUCGGCCACUCGUGGGGCGGGAUCCUGGCAACAUCAUUCGCUGUGAGGAAGCCAGCGGGUCUGAAGAGCCUGGUUUUGAUCUCAUCGCCUGCGCACAUAGGCCUCUUCAACAGUAGCCUAGAUCGACUCGUCGCUACCCUUCCAGCAACGGCUCGAGACGUUAUCGGACGACAUAAACACAAGCGCUCUGAUAGCCCUGAUUACAAGGAGGGGCACAUGGCUUUUGUCAAGAAGUUCCUAUGCAGAUUAGAUGAAACGCCCGAGGUGAUUGCGAAGACGAUGAAAAGCGUGAGAGAGGAUCCCACUGUGGCUCAUGUCAUGCUUGGACCGUCCGACUAUGAGGUGACAGGGGUAUUGGAGAACCACAACGUCGUUGACGAACUGCACAAUAUCUCGGUUCCUACCUUGAUCACCAACGGUUGGUACGAUAAGGUCCAGGAUGUCGCAGUUGAGCCGUACUUCAGGCACAUCCAGAAAGUGAAAUGGGUACAGUUUGCGGAGUCAGCUCACUUUCCGUGGCUCGAAGAAGAAGAAAAGUUUUACAACGUUCUCAGUAGUUUCUUACAUAUCUAA